CAUACCUAAUUUGUUUCACCUUUGAAUAUAUCUUUGGGAGUAAUUUGUGAAGUGUACGAAUUAUGGUAUAAAAGUGGCAAAAAGUAUACGUCCGAUGACGCUACCACAAGGGUCCAGCAGUGCGCUUAAUAGAAAGGGUCGUGUCUAAUGUAUGGUAUAAAACAGGGUCUUUUGGUUUGCAUCCUGUAGACACCAUGGACAACACGAUAUGUGAAAUAACACUGCUUCUGGAGGCGUUCAUAUUGGGCCUCAAUCGUGUUUGCGCCAGGGUGGGCCUAGUGCAAGCAAAUGCGAAUUCCGAGCCGGGCGGUCAGCUAGAUCACUUUAGUCUGGAUGAAAGAAAAUACGACGACCCUACCGCGGAAAAGAACAAGAUCAAUACAAGCCGCAGCGUCACCAACAAGCAAAAUCUCUCACAAGUACAUACGGGUGUAAACCUUUGA